GGAGGGACAGCUCUUCAGAGGAGGUGAUGUCGAAACAAAAUUUGAAGCGAAGAAUGUUCCAUGAGAAGGAACCGGACACGUGAAGGUUGAGGUCGGCGAGCGAGGCCCAUUUGUGGAACCGAAAAGCGUUCAGAAGGGCAGAUGGACGGCCACGGCAGCGACCCCUUUGCCAUGAACCAGCCUGCCCCCGGGAUCCCCCCUCCACCCCGCCGUGUGCGGCUGAAGCCCUGGCUGGUGGCCCAGGUGAACAGUUGCCAGUACCCAGGGCUCCGAUGGGUCAAUGGCGAAAGGAAAUUCUUCUCCAUCCCCUGGCGCCAUGCCACUAGGCACGGCCCCAGCCAGGACGGAGAUAACACCAUCUUCAAGGCCUGGGCCAAGGAGACGGGGAAGUACACGGAGGGGGUGGACGAGGCUGACCCGGCCAAGUGGAAGGCCAACCUGCGCUGUGCCCUUAACAAGAGCCGUGACUUCCGCCUCAUCUAUGACGGGCCCCGGGACAUGCCACCUCAGCCCUACAAGAUCUACGAGGUCUGCUCCAACGGCCCCACUGCUGCAGAGUCACAGCCCAGUGAGGAUUACAUUUGUGGUGCAGGAGAGGAGGAGGAGGACGAGGAGGAAGAGCUCCAGAGGAUGUUACCAAGCCUGAGCCUCACAGAAGCAGUGCAGCCUGGCCCCCCCAUGGCACCCUAUUCUUUACCCAAAGAAGAAGCCAAGUGGCCACCCACUCUCCAGCCACCUGUGGUGCUGGGCCCCCCUGCUCCAGACCCCAGCCUCCUGGGCCCUGCCCCUGCUGACUCUACUGCCUUUGGAGAGCUUCUCCCAGAGGUCCUGCCCAGCCUGCCGCCCGGGCCCCUGGCUGCCAGCCUGCCGCCCGCAGGCGAACAACUCCUGCCCGACCUGCUGAUCAGCCCCCACAUGCUGCCUCUUACGGACCUGGAGAUCAAGUUCCAGUACCGGGGGCGGCCGCCCCGUGCCCUCACCAUCAGCAACCCGCACGGCUGCCGGCUCUUCUACAGCCAGCUGCAGGCCACCCAGGACCAGGUGGAGCUCUUUGGCCCCGUGAGCCUGGAGCAAGUGCGCUUCCCCAGCCCCGAGGACAUCCCCAGCGACAAGCAGCGCUUCUACACCAACCAGCUGCUGGAUUUCCUGGACCGCGGGCUCAUCCUCCAGCUGCAAGGCCAGGACCUGUAUGCCAUCCGCCUGUGCCAGUGCAAGGUGUUCUGGAGUGGGCCCUGCGCCUCGGCCCACGGCUCGCACCCCAACCCCAUCCAGCGGGAGGUCAGGACCAAACUUUUCAGCCUGGAGCAUUUUCUCAACGAGCUCAUCCUGUUCCAGAAGGGUCAGACCAACACCCCACCUCCAUUCGAAAUCUUCUUCUGCUUUGGGGAGGAGUGGCCUGACCGCAAACCCCGAGAGAAGAAGCUCAUCACUGUGCAGGUGGUGCCCGUAGCGGCUAGAUUGUUGCUGGAGAUGUUCUCAGGGGAGCUUUCCUGGUCAGCCGACAGUAUCCGGCUACAGAUCUCAAACCCAGACCUCAAAGACCACAUGGUGGAACAGUUCAAGGAGCUCCAUCACAUCUGGCAGUCCCAGCAGCAGCUGCAGCCUGUGGCCCAGGCCCCUCCUGCAGGCCAUGAGCCCUGGCCAAUGCACCCGGUUGGCAUGCAGUGAGGCUGCAGAUAGUGACUGAAACAGGCUUCCUGGGAGGCUAUGUGGACGGACAUGGAGGUGUGACAGCCCCGGGGGCACCUGCCUGGCUGCAGGGUCCUAUCUCCGGCUCUCCUGGGAGUGGAUUUGGGCCAAGAGGAGAGGGAAGAGAGGCCCGAGUCCAGGUUCUCCCUGUAGAAGCUGAGGGAAGCCAGAAGCCAGUUUUGCUUCUGGGCUCUGCUUCUGGACACGCCCCUCUGCUGGCUCUGGUUGCUGGCUCUGGAGGAAUUCAGCCAUCAACACCAGUGCGCAGCGAAGGACCUCCCCGAUGCGGGGAGCCCAAUUGUAAGAGGAAAUUGCCCCGGAGUGCCCCCCUUUCCUCUGACAGAAAGCCUCACGCUCUGUGCCAAGUCCCCCUGGCAGGGCCUCAGCAGGGCUUGGGCCUGAUUUGGGGGUUCCCUAGUUUGAGCCAUGCUUCCUGAUCUUUCUCCUUCCUGAGACAGAUAAUGAGCACUUAGGUAUUAUACCAGAUACUUAAGGCUGGCAGCUACCUCCUUUCCUGAGAGUCCAAGAACCUGGGGUAGAAAGUAGAAUUUUAUGUAUUUUUGGAUUAAUAAAUGUUAAAAACAGA